GCCCCGGCUGUAUAAGUAACACGCUGGCUCACGCUGGGUUACCGAGCAGCCUGCAGUGCACCCAGUCGGAGCCCGGAAAGGUUUCCUACCCGAGUGGAAGCAUGAAGAUGAAGUGCAUUGCCCUAUUCUCUGUCCUGCUCCUGGUCUCACAGCUGCUCUUGGUGGACUGUGAAAAACAGAGGAAAAGAAAACACGGGAGAGAUGAAAAGGGCGAAGGGAAACAUCCCCCCGGCUCUCCUGACAAGGAGGAGAAAGGCCAAAAGGCUAAGGGAGGAAAAAGGCUCCCCAGGGGCAAGUUUUCCACUCAAGAGAAUGUCCCUUGUACUUGGGCAGUGACUGAGAAGGAGGGCGUCGCCUUGAAAGUUCAAUGCAAAGGGCAGGAGGCCCAAUUUGAGUGUACCUUUGCAGGCAGCCCUUCCUCCUGCCCCCAUUACGCAGGCAAUGAAAAAGCCUACUGGAAACAAAUAGGCCGAGCCCUGCAGAAACAGAGGAACCUUUGCGCAGACCCCAAGAGCAUCCUCAAGUCCCGCGUGUGCAAACAAGGGCCUAAAGAAGCUCAUCUCAGAAUGGUGGACUCCAGCAAGAAGAGCCAGAGUCAGGAUAAGAAGGGCAGAAAGGACCCUCAGACAGCAGCCCCCACCGUCGGACCGGCUGCCGCCACCGUCCAGCCCACGACUGCUGCCCAGUGUGAGGAGGACAUGGAGGCGAUCAACCAGAGAAAGGUGGCCAGCGAAUACUGUGGGGACACCUGGGGCUCCCUGUGCACCUUCCUGCUCACCAUGCUGCAGGACAAAAAGUGCUAGCGGACUCCCAGCUGGAGCCUGUGCUCCCCAUGUGCUGCAGAAAAGCCUUUCACGCUUCCCUCCCGCACGGACUUCUCUGGCGUCACAAGGGAGGGGAGCCCAGCUACGUAUUUAAGUCUGUUUUGUAUUGUUUUGCUUGUUUUGUAUUUUGGAAUUUAUACUUUAUUGGAUUUUGUUUUCAGUGGCCAACAAUGUUACAAAAACUGUAAAAGGGCAUGUGUGUGUACACAUAAAUAUAGAUGUAGGUACAUACACAUGUAUAUAAAAGUGCAAAUGUUAUACACAAGUACGUGGUCUGUAUAGAUACAUACAAGGUGGUGUGUGUGUGUGUGUGUGUGUACACAUAAAUAUACAUGCAGGUAGAUGUAGGUGCACAUACAUGUGUGUAUAUAUAUAUAUAUAUAUAUAUAUAUGCAAAUGUGCACAGGUACAUGGUUUGUAUAGAUGCAUACCAGGUUGUUGUGUACAUGUAAAUAUACACAUAUAAAUGUAGAUGUGUAUAUAUACAUAUAUAUGCAAAUUGCAAAGCACAUGGUCUGUAUAGAUACAUACAAGGUGUGUGUGUACAUGUAAAUAUACAUGAAGGUAGAUCUAGGUCUAUAUACACAUGUGUAUGUACAUGCAAAUGUGCACAGGUACAUGAUCUGUGUAAAUACAUAAACUGUGUGUCUUAUGUACACAUAAAUAUACAUGUGGGUAAAUGUAGGGACAUAAACGUGUAUAUACAUGCAAAUGUGCACAGGUGCAAGGUCUGUCUAGAUACAAGGUGGUUGUAUGUGUGUACACAUAAAUAUACAUGCAGGUAGAUGUAGGUGUAUAUAUACAUAUGUGUGUACAUGCAAAUGUGCACAGGUACAUGGUCGGUAUAGAUACAUACAAGGUUGUUUUUGUGGAUUUGUGGAUUCAUAAAUAUACAUACAGGUAGUUGUAGGUACAUAUACACAUGUGUAUAUACAUGCAAAAUGCAUAUAGGUCCAUGGUCUGUGUAGAUAAACACAAGGUGGUUGUAUGUGUGUGCACAUAAACAUACACGCAGGUAGAUGUAGGGACAUAUACAUGUGUAUGUACACGUACAUGGGCACAGGUUCAUGGUCUUAUGUGGUCUGUGUAGAUAACACACGCUCUCUUCAGUUCCUCUUUGGGCUCAGCUGGCCAGAGGGGGUUUCAGCGCAGUGCACUCCCUAACACCCUGAGAAUGUUUCUGACCUGGCCAGCAUCUACUUUGGCCAAGAUAAUAAAGUUUUGCAAACAUGUU